AUGCAGAACAUCAAGAAACUCUGGAAUGAGUGGGAAAUUCAGUUCUUGGUGCUCCUCAGUUUCACAUUACAGAUUUUCCUCUUUUUUACUGGCAGUCUUCGGCGGCGUAGCACCAACAUGUUACUUAAUUUCAUAAUUUGGAUAGCUUACCUAGGUGCAGACUUGGUAGCAGUUUAUGCCCUUGGCUUUCUUUCAAGACAUGAGGAUACAACUACUGUAAGUGACACUUUAAGAGGGGUCCACCAAUUAGCUUUCUUUUGGGCACCUUUCCUUCUCAUACAUCUUGGUGGACAAGACACAAUCACCGCUUUUGCCAUUGAGGACAACUUUUUAUGGUUGAGACAUUUGCUGAAUUUGAUUGUUCAAGUUACCCUUGCCAUCUAUGUAUUUUGGAAGUCCAUUGAUCAAUACAGUCAUCAACUUACAGCUUCAGGUAUUUUUGUCUCUGUUACUGGAAUCAUCAAGUAUGGGGAAAGGACAAUGGCCUUAAUGUAUGGGAACAUAAGAAACAUGGGUGGUGCUCUUCAGAAAAACAAAAACACGAGUGGCUCCAAUACUAAUGAAGAUGAUGGCUCUCAUAUCACUGAAAAUGUGGAAGUGGAAGUGGUUCCAAGACUAGAGCAGACUGAUGAUGUUGAUUAUCUUGGCAUUGUUUCUUUUGCUUUGCAAUCAGCUCCAGGUGUCCGAGAACUCUUUGCAGGACACACCUUGCACCAAAUGGAACAUUACCAAAGGAGUGUACUAACAUCAUCUAGAAUUCGCAAGGCCCACAUGCCCAAGUUAUUGGAGGUUGAACUUGACCUAAUGUACGAUUAUCUCUUCACCAAGGCUCAGGUGAUUCGUACAAAAGGUGGCAUCGUACUUCGAAGCUUGUCUCAAAUUUCUAUGGUAGUCGCUUUUGUGCUCUUCCUUGUAAGUGACCAUCAUGGAUACAGCAGGGCCGAUCUUGCAAUCACAUACUUGUUAUUUUCCGGAGCCUUUUUCCUGGAAGUUUGUGCAGUAUUUUUGUUAGUGAUGUCGCCAUGGACUUGGUCAUGGUUGAAGGCUCGAAGGUGCUGUGGGCUCGCUCAUGUAUGCACAUCCCUCCUCUCUAGCUGUAUCAGGCAGUCUAAGGGGAGGACGCUGUGGUCAAAUUCCAUGGGGCAGUACAACUUUCUGAGCUAUGUGGGUUGCGAGAAGUCGAGGCUGUCCAAGCUAGUGAAGAGGGUGGCGAGGAUGACGGCAAUCCUAGUCGGAGCCAAUGAAGGAAAAAAGCCAUUGCUGUGGCUGAGCAAGCUGUUGGAUACUGAACAUAUCAAGGUGGACAAGACGACAAUGGAGUCUAUCAUACAGACAGUGUAUAGAUCACACAGAGAUCACCCGAUCAGUCUAGUGGAUGCCGAAUGUCCUAACAUAGGCCCCUUCCUCAAAUAUCUGCUGCCCGACUUUGGAGCCAGUCUAGGUUAUGGCAUUGUGUGCUUUCACAUAUUCACGGAGGUAUACUUACAGCACACUUUCAGAGAUGAUAUCAGUCACUUGGUAACUGCAUGCCGCAAUCUGUCCAACUACAUGCUCUACCUUGUGGUAACACGACCUGAAAUGCUGCCUGUCAGUGGCACCACCGGACUUACCAUAAAAUUGUUUCUUGACAAGAUCGCUCAAGAAGAUUGGCACAGAUUGGACCGUUUCACCAAAUUGUUGAGGGCCAGAAAUCUUCUGCAACAAUUGUGUUUAUCAUCAUCUGAACUUCCGGCAUGCAGAGAAACGCUGGAGGAGUUAAUGAGCGUCUGGACGAAGCUGCUCGUUUACUCCGCCGGCAAGUCGCGAGCAGCAGUGCAUGCGACGUCGCUAAGCACAGGAGGGGAGCUCAUCACCUUUGCUUGGUUGCUCAUGGCGCACAAGCAGCUUGGAGAUGUUGGACAACCGUAUGCCUUCAAUGUUGACUUGGUAGCAGUUUAUGCCCUUGGCUUUCUUUCAAGACAUGAGGAUACAGCUACUGGAAGUGACACUUUAAGUGGGGUCCACCAAUUAGCUUUCUUUUGGGCACCUUUCCUUCUCAUACAUCUUGGUGGACAAGACACAAUCACCGCUUUUGCCAUUGAGGACAACUUUUUAUGGUUGAGACAUUUGCUGAAUUUGAUUGUUCAAGUUACCCUUGCCAUCUAUGUAUUUUGGAAGUCCAUUGAUCAAUACAGUCAUCAACUUACAGCUUUAGGUAUUUUUAUCUCUGUUACUGGAAUCAUCAAGUAUGGGGAAAGGACAAUGGCCUUAAUGUAUGGGAACCUAAGAAACAUGGGUGGUGCUCUUCAGAAAAACAAAAACACGAGUGGCUCUCAUAUCACUGAAAAUGUGGAAGUGGUUCCAAGACUAGAGCAGGCCGAUGAUGUUGAUUAUCUUGGCAUUGUUUCUUUUGCUUUGCAAUCAGCUCCAGGUGUCCGAGAACUCUUUGUAGGACACACCUUGCACCAAAUGGAAGAUUACCAAAGGAGUGUACUAACAUCAUCUAGAAUUCGCAAGGCCCACAUGCCCAAGUUAUUGGAGGUUGAACUUGACCUAAUGUACGAUUAUCUCUUCACCAAGGCUCAGGUGAUUCGUACAAAAGGUGGCAUCGUACUUCGAAGCUUGUCUCAAAUUUCUAUGGUAGUCGCUUUUGUGCUCUUCCUUGUAAGCGACCAUCAUGGAUACAGCAGGGCCGAUCAUGCAAUCACAUACUUGUUAUUUUCCGGAGCCUUUUUCCUAGAAGCUUGUGCAGUAUUUUUGUUAGUGAAGUCGCCAUGGACUUGGUCAUGGUUGAAGGCUCGAAGGUGCUGUGGGCUCGCUCAUGUAUGCACAUCCCUCCUCUCCAGCUGUAUCGGGUAG